AUGUCCAAGGAGGACAAGCGGGAAUUGCGACGGAAGGCGGAGGACGAGAAAGCCAAACUGAAGCACAUGAACAACAUGGCGUUCCGAUACUUCACUAUGCCGUCGACUGAAGACUCUUGCGCAAUCAUACCAACGCGGUUCUAUACCAGUUGGAAGCGUUGGAUCGAUAGCCCUGCCUCCCAUGAUCGUCCUGAUUGUAUCGACACAGAGUCUCUUUUGUGUGCCCAUUCCAUGUUACUCUACGACCCAGGUUGUCGAGUGGACAUGGACUCAAUAAUCACACUUAUUCGGCGCGAUGAAUGGGAAAUACUGUCGUCUUUCUAUUCAACGGGACCUCCCAUCUAUGUCAAGCGGACGGCGUCAGAUAAUUCGGAGAGUUCCUUCUCCGAACUAAACCCUGGCAUCUGUGCAGAAUGCCGAACACUUAGGUCAGGCUUCUCUCUCUCGCCUCUGGUUGUGACAGACCCUGACGGAAAUUCAAGAAAAAUCAACUGGGAAACGACAGAACUAACCAUCCAAUUGGGGAAGCGGGAGGAUUGGGAAAGUUCAAAGGCGCUGGGCCCCAGUGCCUCUUUGCCUGUCCGACAUUCGCGCCGUUUGCGUAAAAAGCAAGGCGACAAACGCAAAAUCUCCGUGACUAAAUCUACCACCGUAAAAGAUAUCAAAAUCCAGAUAUCUGAGAUCUUCGACAUCCCAACCAUUUGUCAACGACUAUUUUUCCAGGGUAAAGAGCUAGCGGACAACGAAAGCACAGUCCAUGAUCUAGCCAUCCCUGCGAAUGAUACCGUUUUUCUUGAACAAAUCACAGAGGCGAUGGAAAUCGAUUCGGAUGAUGACUCGACAACCCGACGUAGAGUCAGAGAGGAAGGACAGGGGUUCAAUGGAACGAUUCUGGGAGGUGGCAGCUUCACCGAUUCAUCUAGAGCGAGCUCUAGAGCCGAAACCCCUACUUCUGUCUUGGUAUCGAGUGUCAAAUCGUGCAAAGCGUGUACCUUCGAUAACGCAUUAGGCGCACUCGCUUGCGAGAUAUGCACUACAGUAUUCGAAUAA